UGUUGAACGAUCACUACGAGGACGCGACAUUAGAUGGAGCCAUUAUCUCGCAUCAUGGUUGCCUGUCGUAGAAAGAGACAUUAGAGAGUUGGAAUGAGAAUAUGUAAGAACCACAAUUGCAUAUAAUUUUCAAAGUAUACAAUAUGGAAGUGCUCAAGGAUUGUUCGGCGUAUUUAAGCAAUUAUGAAGUUUUAAAUAUUCUGCAAAAUAUAAAGUCAGAUAAAAAGCAAAAAAUGAAACAAAAUCAAUUAGCAAGUAUAACAUAUCAAACUGUAAGAUAUUUAGAAGAGACUCCAUGUAAAAGACAAAUACCUGAAAAAAUUAGAGGCUUUCUAAAAGCAUUAGAACCUUAUAAUUUGACAAAGUGUGAAAAAUUGACUCUUUUAAAUAUGUCUCCUAAAACACCUCUUGAAAUACAACUGAUUAUAGAGGAUAGUGAAGAUCGUUUAACUGAUGAUGAAGUAAAUUCUUUACUUCAGGUAGUAGCAAACUUUUUAGGUGAAGAUGAACAAGAUGGAUAGCACAAUUGUAAAACUAUUUUAACUGUACAAAUCUUUAAAAAAACAUUUUUUAUACUUUAUGUACAUUUUAUUUAUAUUAAACAAAAAUGAAAAUGAUAUAAUAUUAAAUACAUUAUGUAAGUAAA